CGAAUCUCAAAGUCGCUUCUGACGGCUACGGUUAGUUCUCAGAAGUCUCUUCGUUCUCGGUCGUGUUGUAGGACUGAGACCAGCGAGUGAAGAAGGUCAAACCUGGGGUUCCCGUUCCGCCAUUGAAGAAGGCCAUCGAGAGCUUGAGAUCCAGGUCUUCAAGCUCUCCGCUUUGUUCUCCGAUCCUCGUCUCUUCUCUUGAUCCAUAGUUGUGCCUUCUGAGCUCAAGAUGUUAAACUCUCCAGAAGUAGAUAUUUUGAAAAUGUUAUCAACCAUGGAUGCCGAAACUCUCACUUUGCUUGGAGCAGCUUGCGGUGUGAUGCUCUCACUGCAUUUUACUGUGCAGCUGAUUACACAGCAUCUUUUCUAUUGGAAAACCCCCAAGGAGCAGAUGGCAAUCAUAAUCAUCGUGCUUAUGGCACCUCUAUAUGCUGUUGACUCCUUUGUUGGCUUGUUAGACAUUCAAGGCAGCAGAAUACUCUUCACAUUUCUGCAUUGCGUGAAGCAAUGUUACGAAGCUUUGGUGAUUGCUAAAUUCAUGGAACUUAUGUACAGUUACUUGAAUAUUUCACUAAGCAAGAAUAUAGUACCAAAUGAAAUCAGAGGGAGGGAGAUACAUCAUUCUUUCCCAGUGUCUCUUUUUCUGCCGCGAAGAAUUCGUCUUGAGCAUCACACCCUGCAACUUCUCAAGUAUUGGACAUGGCAGUUUGUUGUUAUUCGGCCAGUCUGCUCUGUUCUGAUGAUAACUUUAAAACUUCUUGGGAUCUACCCUAGCUGGGUCAGCUGGACUUUUACCAUCAUAUUGAACAUCUCUUGUUCAAUGGCAUUGUAUGCAUUGGUGCUCUUCUACCAUGUCUUUGCAAAAGAGUUAGCACCCCACAAGCCAUUGUCAAAGUUUUUGUGCGUCACAGGGAUUGUCUUCUUUUGCUUUUGGCAGGGGGUUGCACUUGAUGCUUUAGCUGCAGCAGGAGUGAUCCAUUCUCACCAUUUCUGGUUGGAUGUUGAGCAUGUUCAAGAAGCCAUCAAGAAUAUGUUGGUAAUAAUAGAAAUGGUUGGGUUCUCUGUGAUCCAACAAUAUGCAUUCCAUGUGUCUCCAUACAGUGGAAUUGGAGGCAGUGCUCAACAUGACAAGAAGAAUGAUUGAGUGAGAUCUUGUUAUUCUUUUUUGUUUGGUUGAGCCACAGUUUCACUUCAAUCUAAUAUGGAUGUAAUUGUAGUGGUAGUGUUAAGAAAGAAAUCUUUGUUUGAAGAGUUGGAAUUUAAUUGUAAUGUUCAUAUAAGAUUUUGGGUUUCUGUCUUUUAA